CUUCUUCCCGAUCAUUCGAAUUAGAAAACAGAGCAAUGAAAGGCGGUGAGAUAACAUCCAUUCUCCACCGACUUUAGACCCUCUGAUUCUUCACCGUCGUCCCAGCUCCCUCGAGCUCCCGUCACUAGUUUUUCCGUUUGCCGUCAACCUGAAUAUUGUCUUCACUGUCGCAUCUCUGUUGCUAACUUUGGAACGUCGAGAGUGUGUGGGAAGCACAAGUCUUUCCUUUUUCUGGCUGGUGGUUUGUUCUCUGUUUUCUUCUUGUUCGAAUAGCUGGGUCGAAGGCAUCGUCCUCUCCUUUGGUGUCAUUCAUGAGCUGGGGUGUGUCUGAAGCUAUUGCAUUAUUGUUUAAGGUCAGAUCAGCUCAUCUUCAGCUUUUUAUGUCAGAGGCUAUGGCUUUUAGGAAAGCUCUGGAUCUGAUAAGGAAUCUUCAGAUUGGUAAGUGUAUAAUUGAAACUGAUUGUGCAAUGUUGUAUAAUUGCUUGGUUAGUGGUUCUACAGGUAGUUGUGAUUGGAGGUGUCAAGUGGUUAUUGAGGACGUGCUUGUGGCUCUAAAAUCCCUAUCAAAUGUUGUGGUUUCAUUGAUUUCAAGGUCAAUGAAUGAGUCUGCUAAUUGGUUAGCAGUAAAUAGCUCAAAGAGGUUGUGUCCUGUGGAUUGGGUUGAAAGGCCCCCAACCUCUCUUGCACGGGUUUUGAAAAGGGAUUUGGCUCAAGCUCUUGGUGUGCCUGGCGUGUUUUUCUGUAGGAAGGGUAUUGGUUGAUUGUUGCUUUUGACUAAUUGUUGAAUGUUUAAGCCUCUGUUCCAAUUUUUUCUUUUUCUUUUUUUUUUUUUUUUAUGGUGAGUUUGUGUGUUAACUUAUACUUGUAGGUUUUUUUGAGUGUUUUUUUCUUUUGGCUUCGGCUAUUAG